UUUCAAGAAAAUUUGAACUCAAGAAUGCGGCGGCUUCCUCAACAAGAAGCUCCUAAAUUACCAUUUGAGAUGAUAUAUUCUAUCCCAUUCACUUUCUUUACUCAAUUUCUGGGCCAACAUAAAUCUUUCCCUUUAUAAUCGAAACUAUUCGAUCUCUUUUCAUAUUCUCUGUGAUGAACAAAUGCUUUCAAUCAUGUAUAAAACUCUGGUACUGAAAUCAACAAGUAGGUCUCUGUGUGUCAUUAAUCCAUAGUUUUUUUCAUUUUCAGAAGAUUAUGAUGGCAACCGAUGUAGUCCAUGGUACGCUCAAUGCCACUGUAAUUCAAUCUCGGAGUCUUAUUUCCAGGUUGCAUGGAUUUUUCGCCAAGGUGUUUGUUAAAAUGUUGAGGAUUUUUGCAAUAGACCGGGGCCAUUACCAAUUGUAUACCACCAUAGAUUUUGGGCUUGCAAGAGUUGCAAGGACCGGAGUUGUAAGUCUCAACCCAAGAAAUCCUGUGUGGAAUGAGAGCUUUCGGAUAUAUUGUGCAUAUACAAACUGUGAAUAUGUGGUGGUGAGCGUUAAAAACCAAUUGCCUGUCUCUGCGCAAGUGAUGGGCAGAGCCCGAAUUCCUGUCUCACAGAUUCUGAGAGGCAAAGUGAUUGAAGAUUGGUACGACUUGUAUAAUGAAAAUUUUAGUGAGAAGCUGAAGAGUGCCCAGAUUCGGGUCCGUUUGCAUUUUAGUCAUGUGACAGAGGAUCCACAUUGGGGCACUGGGAUUCGAGACAAAGAUUUCCCUGGAGUACAAGACGCCUAUUUUAAACAGAGGAAGGAUUGCAGGGUUACUCUGUAUCAGAAUUCCCACCUGUCAGAACAGUUCCGUCCUAAGAUUGAACUGGAUGGAGGAGGCUUGUACAGUCCUCCAAGAUUGUGGGAAGAGAUGUAUGAGUACAUUAAUGGAGCCCGGAAAUUCAUAUACAUAACUGGGUGGUCUGUGUAUACCGAGAUUACUCUUGUGAGGGACAGGGAGCGCAUGAUUAAGGGGGCUCAAGGGGUCACAAUUGGGGAACUUCUGAAGAAAAAGGCGGAGCAGGGGGUAACAGUACUGGUUCUGAUUUGGGAAGACAGAACAGCUGUUAGAAUCCUGAACAAGGAAGGCCUAAUGAAGACACAUUGUGAUGAAACCUUUGAGUACUUCAAGGACAGUAAAGUGCACUGUGCUCUUUGCCCAAGAAACCCAGAUAAGCGCUCUCUGAGCCUAAUUCAGGGCGUGGAGGUGGGUGCCCAGUUUACCCACCAUCAGAAAACUGUGAGCUUGGAUUCAGCUGUGGCAGACGAUUCAAAGACCUGCAGAGUGGUGAGCUUUGUGGGAGGAAUUGAUCUGUGUGAUGGAAGGUAUGAUACAGAAACCCAUACUCUAUUUGGAGAUUUGUACUCCGUUUUUAAGGAUGAUUUUGUUCAGAACAAUUUUGAGGGGGCAGAUCUUCGGCAUGGAGGGCCUAGAGAGCCCUGGCAUGAUGCUCAUUCCAAGAUCCAAGGCCCUGCAGCAUGGGAUGUCAUUAAAAAUUUUACAGAGCGCUGGACAAAGCAGGCAGAUCCAUCCCUGCUUCUGGAUCUUGAGCACUUGCCUAACCUGAUACUUCCAGAGCAGGAAGAUCUUGGUGGCCCAGAGUCCUGGAAUGUGCAGAUUUUCAGGUCAAUUGAUGAUGGUUCAGUUGUUGGGUUUCCUCAAGAUCCAAGCCCUGGCCUUGGCCUGGUCACCAUUAAAGACCAGGUUGUUGAUAAGAGCAUCCAUUCUGCCUAUGUGGAAGCCAUUAGAAGGGCUAAAAACUUCAUUUUUAUUGAAAACCAGUAUUUUCUGGGUAGCUCUGCUUCUUGGGCUAAAGAUCAGGACUGUGGUUGCCUGCAUUUGGUGCCCAUUGAACUUGCCCUAAAAAUAGUGAGCAAGAUCAGGGCCAAGGAGAGAUUUGCUGUGUAUGUGGUGACACCCAUGUGGCCUGAAGGGUUUCCUGAUGGGGAUACUGUUCAGGCAAUCCUGCAUUGGCACAGGAAUACUGUGGAGAUGAUGUAUAAACUGAUUGGGGAGGCUCUAAAAGAGCAGAAGAGCAAGGCACAUCCUACAGAUUAUUUGAAUUUCUUCUGCCUGGGAAACAGAGAGACAAUGAAACCGGGGGAGUACGUGGCUCCCGAGGCUCCAGAGCAGGGGAGCAAUUACUGGAAUGCUCAGACGAACAGGAGGUUUAUGAUCUAUGUCCAUGCAAAGCUUAUGAUCGUUGACGACGAGUACUUAGUGGUGGGAUCGGCGAAUCUGAACCAGAGAUCAAUGGACGGGGCAAGAGACACAGAAAUAGCACAGGGAUGUUACCAACCUCAACACAUCAACAAUGGCGGUCGAGCUCGGGGUGAAAUACAUGGGUACCGCAUGUCACUGUGGUAUGAACACACUAGAGUACUCAAGCCUGAAUAUCUGAAACCCGAGAGUGUGAAAUGCGUUCGGACUGUGCGUGAAAUAGCAAAAAAAGCAUGGGAUGCUUUUGUGGGGAAAACCAUUGUUGAUAUUCCUGCACAUCUUUUGACUUAUCCUGUGCAGGUGCACAACGACGGUUCUGUGACUGAUUUGAAUGAUUACAAACUGUUUCCUGAUUCGCAGGCUCCCAUUGCAGGCAAGAAAUCUGACGUUAUUCCUCCCAUUCUUACCACCUAAAUAUGCCCUCUAAACCUUUGGAUGAUAUAAAAAAUAUUUCAUCAGCUUUUUAACAAGCAUUCCAUUUUUAGUUGUUUUUUUCGUAUAUGUAAAAUAUAUAAUAUUUUUUAAUUAAUUAAAAAUAUUAUAAGUUGGUUUGGUA